GCAAUAACGUCCUCGAACCUCUCCACUCCACCCAACACCACCAUGUACGCCCUUCGUAGCGUCCGCAUCGCAUCCCCCACCUUCCGCCAAGUCGUCGCGAGAAGAUACGCUUCCCAGGCGCCCCCCUCCCACCUCUCCGGCGCCACGGACAAUGCCUUCAACCGGGAACGACAGGCCGUGAAAGAGCACGCAGCAGCGACAUCCGAUCUCUGGCGCAAGCUCGCAAUCUACGUUACGGUGCCGGCGCUCAUCCUCGCCGGCGUCAACGCCUGGAGACUGUGGGACGAGCAUUGGGAGCACAAGAGCCACGAGCCGCCGGUGGAGGAGCGCGUCGAGUACCCCUACAUGAACAUUCGCACCAAGAACUUCUUCUGGGGGGAUGGGGACAAGACCCUCUUCUGGAAUGACAAGGUGAACCACCACAAGAAGGAUGGCGAGUAGACGAUGUGGUUAGAGGGUGGCUGGAUGGAGCAACGUGCGGACCCUGGUUGGACUGCUUUUCGCUGGAGAGCUGGAUUCAUCCGGUGGGCGUAGUGAUUCGACACUUACGUAGCUCGUCAGCGAGUGGCUUGUACAGAUGAAAUACAGAGUUGUCCGAAUAC